AUGUUUUCUCUGAAGUUGAUCGUUUCGUUAGCCUGUCUGGCUUUGGUCAAGGGGAAAACGACAGGAACCAAAUUUUGUUCAGAUUCAAUGUGUAUAACUGGAACGAGAGAUUCUUCUUCAAAAUUAGACACUUAUACGUUGGCUCCUCCCGAUGGACAGAGUUUGGCACAAGGUAACUUUGGGUGGAUGGCAAUCGGUUUCGGUACCGAAAUGUCAAACUCUCCCAUGGUCAUCCUAUGGCCUAACUCGGACGGGUCUGUCACUUUGAGUCAACGAAGUGCUCCUGGUCAUGCUCAACCUAAACUCGUCUCCUCCCCUCCCUCCGUAGCUUCCCUAUCCGCAUCUUCAUACUCCAACACCUCCAACACUCAAUUGACAUUCUCAAUCCCAUCCACUUCCACAACAUCCCAGCCCCUCAUUUACGCAUACUCAGCCACCAACCCUUCCUCCUCUUCACCAGACGCGAUCAUAAAAAUUCACACUUCGUUCGGUACCACCACUCUUGAUCUUUCCGCCGCUUUAUCUUCUGGUCAAGUAUCAACUUCCACAGGAGGAGGUUCGAGUCCAUCCAAAGCCCUCAUAGCUCAUGUGGUAUUGGGAGUAUUGAGCACAGCUUUCUUCAUACCCAUCGGAGCUCUUGUUCCGAGGAUAGCGAGAGGUUUGACGGGAAAAAGAUGGUGGUUCGCAACUCAUCAGGCUGUUCAGGGUGUGAUAGGUUUGGGUAUGGUAGUGGCUGCUUUUGUGAUAGCGGUUUGGAAUUUUGAUGGUGGGAUAAAUUCUAGUCAUCGACUAUUCGGAGCACUCAUGUUCAUCUUCAUGCUUGUCCAAUCCUCUCUCGGAAUGUUCGUACACUACAUCAAGAUCGCCCGUCAUCGAUUCACCGCUGAAUCCGGUCGAGGUCCAUCAAAUUUCAUCCAUAUGAUCUUUGGAGCUGUCACAGUGUGUGUAGGCUUCUGGACGACCUGGGAAGGAAUGAACAGCGAAUGGCCAGAUGCUGUAGGGACCAAAGCUCCCAUAGGGCUCAAAGUCGGAUAUUGGUUCUGGGUCUCUAUACUCGCCCUCUCUUACCUUCUAGGCCUUGCCUUCCUUCUUCCUAGACAACUUCGGAUGGAACGUGAGCGUCGGGAAGGCAACAUCCGCAUGGAGUCUUUCAAAGCCAAGUUAGCUUCCAUUGGUGGGGCAUGA